AUGUCCUACAACUCCCACCACCUCCCGCCCGGCGCGCGUCCGCUUGCGACGUCGCCGAAUGCUGCGCCGCGGUCUGGCCGCACACGCUCGAGUAGCUAUGUGCGCUUCUCUGACCAAGUCCCAGAGUACUACCCGCCGUUUCAGGGCACACAGGCUCCCCCCGCGAUCGCCCAACAGACACUCCCUGCGGUCGCCCCGCCCGCUGAGCUACUCCCCCUCCGCCCGAUCCCCCUCCCUGAAGUCACUCCCCUCCUUCGUCCCGUCGCGUUGUAUCCUAGUGAGGGCUCACCACCGCGCGGUGCGCGCCGCGGGUCGCACGGCAGCGUUGCGCGCCCCAUCAACCCGACUGCGCACAACGCAAACUAUGACUCCAGCGCGCCCACGUCGGACGACGCCACUGCCCGCGGUCAGAGCCAUGGCUCUGUGCCCGCCCGCGAUCAAGAAGGCCAUGUCGCUGCACCACGGCCGCGCGCCUUACCCCGCAUCCCCGCCGCCGAUUCCGCCUCCUCGGUCGCCCCCGCGCGCCGACAGGACGCCGGCGCUCAUCCCCCCGCUGACGCCGACCUCGGAGCCGCGCUCGCUGGCCUUGACAUCACCGACUCCCACGUCUCCCGCACGCCCCCUCGCUCGCGCCUUCCGCCGCCCAUCCCGCCGGCGGAGACUCGCCCCGACGCACACACGCGCAUGACCACCCCACCGAAGGCCGAGCGCGGGGGCUCGCCGGCCAGCGGGCACAGCGGGCACCGCUCCUCCGGAUCCGCAGACUCGUUCCUCUUCGUCAAGCCGCAGAGGCUCUCCUCCGGGACGCCGCCGUCGUCCCCCGAAGCCCCCGCGAAGGACGACGGGAAGCCCGCGCUCGCGGACGUCCUGCGCGACUUCCAGACCUACGCCGCGUGGGACCUCCGCGCGGCCGACGCGCCCCCCAAGUCCGGACGGCACCUCGACGGGCGCGCGUUCACCGGCGGCGGACGCGCGGAGCUCAGGCUCCGGUUCAACCCCCGGUGGACGCUGGCGACGCGGAGCGCGGACGAGGAGGGCGGGACCGCGUUCUCGUGCACCGCGCGGCGCGGGGACGGCGCGCCGCUCGCCGUGCGGGACGUGCUCGCCGCAAUCGGCCGGAAGAUGUACGAGGACACGCGGUGGCUCGCCGCGGACGAGCCCACGGGGAGCUGGCGCUACGAGCGCGCGGUCGAGGAGCGGCCGUCCCGGUUGGGCGGGAGGGAGGAUGGGCGGAGACAGAAGAUGGUCAAUGUGGACUGGUACGCGCGGGGCGAGGCUGCGCUCCUCGGGCUGACGACGACGGGCAAGGCGGGGGAGGUGCUCGUCAUCCUGGGGAGGCCGUCGCCGGAUUGA